GUUUCCCCCACUCCCUUAAAUAUUAAGCCAAAUGCUUUCAUUCCCAAUUCCAUAUAUCCCAAAUCCCUACGUUUUGUGAGAGAGAGAUCAGAGAGAGAGAGAAUGGAUGGAGAUAAGAGAAAGAGAAAGAUGAUGGAGAAUGUAGCGGCAGAAGAAGAAGAGACCGAAGAAGAAAAGAUAGAGAAUUUCUAUGCUCUGAUAAGAAGCACGAAAGAUCUCCGGGAUCGAAUGGCCGGGAAACUGGCGCCGCCGCCGCAGGAGAACAACAACAACAAAGCUACUGGCGCCUGCCAAGACAAGGCGCCGCCGCAGUCGCCGGUGGGAGUUUGGAAUCCGUCGUUUCGGCCGGAGGAUUUCGUGGAGGAAUAUACACAGCCGCUUAACAUUGUAAGUGAAGCAACAGCAGGCCCUUCUGGUUCAAAGGAUAAACAACAAGAAAAUAAUAAUAAUAAUAAUAAUGUAAGUAAAGAAGGUCCUGACAGUGAAUAUGAAGAUUAUGAUCAUCGCCAUAACUUGGAUCUCAAUCUUUCUUUGUAGUAUGGUACUAGUCAUUUGUCAUUCAAGAUUUUGAUGAGGCUUAUAAGUUGUAAUACUCAUUUUUAAACAUUCUAUUUUAGAAAUCUUUGGGCUUCCAUGGUAGGCGUUUAAUGAUAAUUUGUUGGUGGAA